UUAAAAAAAUCUAAGUUUUGAUCCCCAGUCACAGCUACAGCAGAUGAGGUUUGGUUCAUUGAAGAAGCUAAGUAGAACUGCAUAUAUUCUGAUUGAGGCCUCAUGGUACAUUCCUGAAUCUGAUUCCCCCAAAAGUCAUGUUCCGACACAAUGAUUUCACAAAUGAUCUAACGGGCUGCAUAUAGUGAGGACGAAUUCAUAAAAUUAUCACAUGAUUUAGUUGAACUAAAAUUGUUGGUUGUUCUUGAAUUUUCUUUUCCGUUAAAAGUUUUCAUUUUGACUCAAAGAGGUAACAACGUACCAUGAUGUCUGUACAACCUUGCAAGCUCUUGAUAUUCGCCACAACCAUCGUGCUCACCCGAGGAUGUUGCCGCAAACCAAAGAUCGUACCAUGCGAACCUAUCGUCUUAGGCCAAGCACAGUCUGCCGAGAUUGCCGCAGCCAAGCAAAGUGGUUUCAUCGAUGCUCUCCAAGCCAACAGAACACUAACGUACCAAAACCAACAACCGAUUAUAACUGAUUUCACCGAAGACCAGAUGGCGCGAGUGUUGGAGGUGUACAAAGAAUUCGGGGGGAACCGGGGGGACGACGAAUUAGGGAGCUAUGACAAUCUUCUGUGGGAACCUGAACCUUCCAACGCACCACGUGCACGGCGAUCUCCUGUAUUAGAAGUGCCCAUCUGCCCUGUCCAAAACAUCAAGCAGUUUCUAAUUACAGCAUUUAACGCGGAUGGUCAACCAUUACAGAUUGUUCAGUUCUCUGGAUUCAAGCAAUGGGUCCUUCGUCAAGAGUGCACGGAGUCGUUGUCAUCUCAAGGUACACUGUCUAUGAAUGGAGCCAAUAUCUUAUGCCAUACCAUCCGGAGAUCCGUCUUCCUUGUCGCUAUCCGUCUGGACGACGGCGCUGUGAACCAAGGAGAUAUUGCUGUACAAGAAGUACAAGUGGAGUCAUGUUCUAGUUUUGUUGAGGAAUAGGCCCACAGUAUACAGGCUAGAUGUAAAAUGAUAUUGUUGUUCUUCUUCGUAUUAAUAUUAGUAUCCCCAUCAUUAUUAGUAUUAAUGCUAUUAUCAUUGAUAUCAUGAUAACUUCAUCAUAAUUUCUCUGAAGUUUGAUAGACCACCAUUAUCGCAACAAGUAUGGUUCCAAUUGGUUCCAAUUGGUUUCAAUUGGUCUCAAUAUGUUUUAACA